UAUAGAAAAGAAGGGUUGACGAUACUCUCAUCAGUUUCAUUACAAUCAUUCUCAUUCAGACCUUCGUAAAAAUAUGAUUUCAAAAAAAAAUCAGUAUUUUAGCCUAAAUAGAAUUCUACUGCUCAUAAUCGGCUCAUGGCCCUAUGAACAAUCUAAUUUCGCUAAAUUUCAACAUAUUGUCAUCUGUGCUAUAAUGAUAUCAAGUAUUGUAUUUCAGCUGACUACAUUUCUAGCGUCAAAUUGUACUUUGGAAGUCACCGUGACGGUUUUAGCUGACACAUUAUUUUUCAGUAGAUUUAUAAUACAAUAUAUAGUGUUUCAUUUUAAUAUUGAAGGUGUGAAGGAUUUACUGGUGCAACUUCAGCACAUACACAAUGAAUUAAAAAAUAGAAAUGAAAUCGCUAUUAUAAAAAAAUAUGACAGCAUUGCAAAUCGUUAUGCAACUGUACUUACAGCUAUUGGAAUUUGUGGAAUAUUUUCAAGUAUAAUAAGUCAAUUUUUAAUGAAUGUGGUGAAUGUUGAUUCAUCGACAAACUCAUCUCGACACUUUUUUCUAUUAUCAAUGGAAUAUUUCAUCGAUCAAGAAAAGCAUUUUUAUUUGAUUUUGUUGCACAUCAACAUAAUUGUAACCAUUAGUAUAACUGCAAUGGUAGCAAAUGGUACAAUGUUAAUUGCGUAUAUUCAACAUAUUUGUGGGCUAUUUAGAAUUGCUAGUUAUCGUAUAAAAUAUGCAAUAAAUAUCAACAUUCUACAUAAUGUCACGCCAAAAAAUAAAAUCUGGAUGAUCAAACAUAUAAGUUAUGCCGUAGACAUUCAUCGGCAAGCUAUGAAAUUGAUGAAACAGUUAAUGACAAUAUUGAACAAAAUGAUAUUUUGUUUAAUAAUAGUUGACGUAGCUUCCUUGAGCCUCAAUUUGUAUCAUAUGGUAUUGUUAAAAACUAGUUUUGAGACUCUUCUAACACCAAGCGAACAUACGUUUGUAUCUGUCCUAUAUAUGUUUUUAGCUAAUCAUAUGGGGCAGAUUAUAAUUGAUCACAAUAAUCAUGUAUUUACUACUGCGUACAACGUAGAAUGGUAUAAAACUCCCGUACGAGUACAAAAAAUGAUACUGUUCGUAUUACAAAGACGAUCAAAGCCGUUUACUCUAAAUGUCGGUGGACUAUUUCAUGCAUCUAUGGAGGGUUUCGCCACGCUAGUAAAAUCCUCAGUAUCUUACUUUACUGUCAUACAUUCAGUACAGUAACAAACUGAAUUUGAAUUUAUUGAAUUACCAUCAGUGACGGAACAGUUAAGCGGUUUAUGUUUAUAGAGAAAAAUUUAUUUUUGUAGAAGCCCGUAGUCAGAUAUUUUGUGAUUAAAAAAAAAUGUACAAGGUAAAAAUUAUUUAAAUUAAUUAAAAUGUUAAAACAAAUCGGUUCAUGUACGUUAUAUAAUAUAAUAAAUAUAAACAAUAUAAAAUAUGUAAUUAUUUUACACGGCGUGCAAAUAAUAUUUUUUUAUGAGCAAUUUGAACAAUACAUUAAGCAUUAGAUUUGCAUAAUUUAUUUUGUACACAAUUUCUUAAAAUAAUUUAACUUAGUUUUUUCAAUAAUAAAUACAUGAUAAUAAACAAAAAAGACUAAUAAUACUUUCAAUGCACGACAUAAAGAUUUUAGUUAAAUUUCAAACGAUUGAUUACAUUAUUAUAUUUGGUAGGACUUACGACUUAGAAAAGUGAAAUUAUUUUUAAAUACGUUAAUAUUUUAUUGGCAUUAUUUUACUCAAUAUUACAGUAACAUGGCAGCUACUACUAAAUUUUUGUCAUAGUGUAAUAAUAUUAUAACAAUAAAAUACUUCAAAUACCUUUAAUAU